GAGAGAGAGAGAGAGAGAGAGAGAGAGAGAGACAGCUUGGAGAGAAGCGCUGAAGGAGCUCCGGCACUGACAAUUCCAUGGCGACGACGGAAAAGAAGGCUGAGAAGAAGGAAGGGACAAACCUUCUGGGCUCUCCGACAUUCAAGGAGCUCGAAAAUGGCCGCUUCAGGUGCGUGGAGACCGGCCACGAAGUUCUUCACAAGGACAAGGAUUCCUACUCCCUCAGCAAACGGUGUCGUUUGGGCCUCAUCGAUUUCGCCCUCUCCCACAACAAGCCCCCUCUCAACAUGUUCAAGCCAGACCCUUUGUCUCGUUCGAAGCUGGUAUGCAAGUUAACUGGAGAUACCAUUAACAAGUCCGAGGAACAUAUCUGGAAACAUAUUAAUGGGAAACGCUUCCUCAACAAACUAGAGGAAAAGGAAACACAAAAGCAAACGCCAAACGGGAUGGUAGAAGAAGAGGGUGAGGAGAUGGGGCAAAAAGUGAGUAAGCGUGGUAAGGAUGUUGUGAAGAAGGAGAAGAAGAAGAAGAAGAAGAAGAUGCAGGAAGAAAAGCCGGUUGAAGAGAUUAUCUCUGAAGUGAGGCAGUCUGCUGCUAAUGAGGAAAGUGAUUCGGAAGAGGCUGAUUUUUGGAUGCCUCCUGCGGGAGAGCGCUGGGACUUCGAUGAUGGUGGGGACAGAUGGGGUUCCGCUUCGGAGUCGGAUCGGGAAAGUGAUGAGGCUAAUGGAACUGAUGCUGCAGUUGAAAAUGGUGGUGAGGAGUCGGACGAGCUUUCAACACGAACCAAAAGAAUGUCUAUCAUAAUCGGACCAAGCAGCUUUGCCUCAAGAAAGAAGAAGAUUAAAAAGAAUACCGAGUCUUGACCCUUGCUGUUGAACUUGGCUUUGGUGCUUGGAGUUCUCAUCUAUAACCAACCUCUGUUACUAUGGCGUGUAAUGGUACUCAUUUAGUCCAUAGCUCGUUCAGUACCCAAAGAGUGAUACAAUUUUGGAUCAGGAACAGAAGAUUUUCUCGAUGUAGUAUUUUCCUAGUUUAGGCGUGCGUUUCUUAUGUACACUUAAGUGUGAAAUUAGUUCUUUCAUUUCAU